AUGGAAUAUUUUUCCGGCGACCCAGUUUACACCUACCAUUGGGAUCACGUUGUUUUUCUUCUUCUCCGUCCGAUAAUCGCCGUUGUCUUUAGUCUCUCCGUCAUCUUCUUCGUGUGGUUCUUGGCAUGGAAGCUGGUGCUUGUUCAUGUGCCUUUGGUGCAGGAGAUAUUUGGUCUGCGGAAAAAAACCGUCAGGCCGAAGCCAGCUGAAACCCGAUGCAGAACUCAGCAGGAGAUUGAGUUGCUGUCGAUGAUGCCACCUGGCGUAACUUUGCAACUGUAA